CUCUCUCUCUCUCUCUCUCUCUCUCUUCUCUCUCUCUCUCUCUCUCUCUCUCUCCAUAAAUUGGCAUUAUAAAAACACAUCCACAUUGCUCCUCCCUCUUCAAGACAAUCUUCUCUUUCUCCACUCUCAUUCUCUUUCUCACUCUGACGCGUCAACUACUUAUUUUUCCUGCAUUGCUUUCUCUCUAUCUCUAUCUCUCACACACGCAUACACACAGACAUUUAACAGAUAUCAAGAAAGAAGAUGUCGAGCAGAAGAUCAUCACGUUCAAGACAGUCCGGGAGCUCAAGAAUCUCUGACGAUCAAAUUUCCGAUCUUGUUACCAAGCUUCAACACCUCAUCCCUGAACUCCGCCGCCGCCGUUCUGACAAGGUGUCAGCAUCUAAAGUACUACAAGAGACUUGCAACUACAUCAGGAACUUACACAGAGAGGUUGAUGAUCUCAGUGACCGAUUGUCCGAAUUUUUGGCUUCCACGGACGACAACAGCGCCGAAGCAGCCAUCAUUAGGAGCUUGCUUGAUUAUUAAAAUGCUCGUUAGUUAAUCUGAGAACUAUGAAUGUUCGUUUUCCAUCAGGGAGGUUUAUCUUCUUUAUCAUUAUGAGUAUUUGUUUCCUUCUACUUCAAAUAUUAUGAUAUAGCUAGGGUUUCGGGUCAUUGUUAGGCCAACUCAUAUAUUAUGUAUAAUAUGUGGUUUAUGUACGUAUGUAUGCAUCUUAAUUGUUUGCGAGGGUCCAGACCUGGCUGUAUAGUAGCCUGUGUAUCAUGAGAUCCUCUAAUAUUUAUGAUUAAUGGCCUAGUCCGUUUCCUCUUUUUUGUACAAAUAAUCAACUUUGUAAACUUUCGUUUUAGAUACUUUUAUACAUGCAUGUGUGUA